AUGUCUGCCCCUCUCCGACCCCUAGCCACACUAUCCCGCCCUCUCCUUAGACGGGCCUACGCCGCCCCUGCUGGCGGCAACCCCAACCUCGUCCACCCCUCCGACUCUCGCUCAGACAUGCUCAAGCAGAUGCUUUACCCUCCCGAUUCCUACGCCCCCACCUCCUCUUCUCCCACAGGUGCAUACCAUCCCGACCACCUUGAGCGUUUACGCACCGUCAUUCCCUCUGCCGAGGCAUACGAGACGAUCGAGCGCGCUUGGCAGCUGUAUCAACGCGAGCAGCGUGAAGAGCGCAAAGUGCAGUUGAAAGCCAAGUACGAGAGCAUGGUGGAGGCCUGUGACGAGCUGGAGAGGAUAACGAGGCCUGAAGGAGAAGACGCCAAGGGAGGGCUUUAUCACCGACAGGUGUAUGACCUGGCUGUCGCCCAAUUGACGCAGGCCAAGAGGAGGGGCGAGCAGCCAAAGGGCAAGAAGACGGCGGAGCAAAAGUGGUUAGAGACCAGGGUGGAAGGGCUGGUCCCGAGAGAAAGCUGGGUGCCCGUGGAGAGCAGAGGGAAGGGAUGGAACUAUGACUGGCAGAGACCGGGAAAGUAG